CGGGGCGCGUGCGCAGCGGUGGCGCCGCGCAUGCGGACGUGGGGGCGCCGAGAACCGUACGGGAGCCAGCGCGGGCGGCAGAUCCAAUGGCUGUCCCACCAUCAUACAGUGACUUGGGAAAGUCUGCCAGAGACGUUUUCAACAAGGGAUAUGGAUUUGGAAUGGUCAAGUUAGAGUUGAAGACCAGGUCUUCCAGUGGGGUGGAAUUCACUGCUACCGGUUCUUCCAACACGGACACAGGCAAGGCUUCAGGCAGUUUAGAGACCAAAUAUAAGGACAAAGACCAUGGACUUACAUUCACCCAGAAGUGGAACACAGAUAACACACUGGGAACAGAAGUUUCUAUCGAGAAUAAAAUGGCUGAAGGGUUGAAGCUGGCUCUUGACACUACAUUUGUACCAAACACAGGGAAGAAGAGUGGAAAGUUGAAGACUUCCUACAAAAGAGACUAUAUACAUGCAGGCUGCAACGUAGACAUUGAUCUCUCGGGACCAACCAUUUAUGGCUGGGCAGUGUUGGGCUACGAGGGCUGGCUUGCUGGCUACCAGAUGGCUUUUGAUACAGCCAAGUAUAAGCUUUCGCAAAAUAAUUUUGCCUUGGGAUAUAAGGCAGGAGACUUUCAGCUGCACACUAAUGUGAAUGAUGGCACUGAAUUUGGUGGGUCUAUUUAUCAGAAGGUUACUAAUAAGGUUGAGACAUCAGUCAAUCUUGCAUGGACUGCUGGCAGUAACAACACACGUUUUGGUAUUGCUGGAAAGUACCAACUGGAUGAGAAGACUUCGGUUGUGGCCAAAGUGAACAAUGCCAGCCUCAUUGGAAUUGGUUACACUCAUGCCCUCCGACCUGGUGUAAAGCUGACCCUCUCAGGCUUGAUUGACGGCAAGAAUUUCAGUGCUGGAGGUCACAAAAUUGGGCUGGGAUUUGAGCUGGAGGCUUAACACAGCUUUUAAGUAAAACAACUGGCGGUGCUCUGGAAGAUGAAGGAAAAGUGUACCCAGUGCAUUUCAGCCUUAAUAUUACUCUGAAAUUUGAAGAAGUGUGAACUUUCUACUCUUCCCAAGAACGACUUCAACCCAAUGCUGAAGUCCGGAGCAUGCCAACACAACAAAGGAAGACAGUUGAAGGCAUGCAUGGAAGUUGUGAUGUUUGUGCCACAUUUCAGUUUUCCGUAUUUUAAAUCCGUUCUGAAAAAAACCAGAAGAAAAUCUAACCUCUCCCCAUUAUUGUAUUGCAUUUUGCAUGUCCUAUACUUCACAGCCUUUUAUAAAAGGAAGUCUCUGUGCUGUAGUGGAAAUCCGGGGUUACAUCAGAAUGAAAUAAAUUGGUCAUGGUCAGAA